AUGCCUAAGAGAUUUUAUAUAACUGUGCUGUCUUGUGCGUGGAGUAAUUCUGACGGGUAUCUUAUUUAGUUCGGUAUCGGGUAUCUUAUGGGUACCAUUGUUAAGGAAGGGACAAACAAACUUGGAUGAAUCGUAAUCACCUGUCAACGCCUGGGCGGUCUUGUGUAAUUCGUCAUCAGGGGUGAAGGGUACUGAUUUGGGUAACUCAUUGGGGGCUGUAUGGCUGGAGAAUAGGGAUUUGGAUAUUGUGACGAUAUAGGGGUUGGAAUAUCCAUUAAAGGAUUCAAUGGGCGGAGAUUUCUCCAAGGUUCUCGGUAAUAAUAAUUCUGGUUCCUCACUCUGAGGACAGCGUUGCUCACUCUGAGGACAGCGUUCCUCUCUCUGAGGACAGCGUUCCUUACUAUAAGGUCAGCGUUGCUCACUCUGAGGACAGCGUUCCUCACUCUGAGGACAGCGUUGCUCACUCUGAGGACAGCGUUCCUCUCUCUGAGGACAGCGUUCCUCACUGUGAGGACAGCGUUCCUCACUGUAAGGACAGCGUUCCUCACUGUGAGAACAGCGUUCCUCACACUGAGGACAGCGUUCCUCACUCUGAAGAAAGCGUUCCUCACUCUGAGGAAAGCGUUCCUUACUCUGAGGACAGCGUUCCUCACUCUGAGGACAGCGUUCCUCACUCUGAGGACAGCGUUCCUCACUCUGAGGACAGCGUUCCUCACUCUGAGGACAGCGUUCCUCACUCUGAGGACAGCGUUCCUCCUCUCUGAGGACAGCGUUCCUCACUCUGAGGACAGCGUUCCUCACUCUGAGGACAGCGUUCCUCACUCUGAGGACAGCGUUCCUCACUCCGAGGACAGCGUUCCUCACUCUGAGGACAGCGUUCCUCACUCUGAGGACAGCGUUCCUCACUCUGAGGACAGCGUUCCUCACUCUGAGGACAGCGUUCCUCACACUGAGGACAGCAUUAAUCAGUCGGAGGACAGCGUUCCUCAAUCUGAGGGCAGCGUUCCUCACUCUGAUUACAGCGUUCCUCACUCUGAGGACAGUGUUCCUCACUCUGAGUAAAGUGUUCCUCACUCUGAGGACAGCGUUCCUCACUCCGAGGACAGCGUUCCUCACUCUGAGGACAGCGUUCAUCACUCUGAGGACAGCGUUCCUCACUCUGAGGACAGCGUUCCUCCCUCUGAGGACAGCGUUCCUCACUCUGAGGACAGCGUUCCUCACUCUGAGGACAGCGUUCCUCAUUCUGAGGAUAGCGUUCCUCACUCUGAUGACAGCGUUCCUCACUCAGUGGACAGCGUUCCUCUCUCUGAGUAAAGCGUUCCUCACUCUGAGGACAGCGUUCCUCACUCUGAGAACAGCGUUCCUCACUCUGAGGACAGCGUUCCUCACUCUGAGGACAGCGUUCCUCACUCUGAGGACAGCGUUCCUCACUGUGAGGACAGCGUUCCUAACUCUGAGUAAAGCGUUCCUCACUCUGAGGACAGCGUUCCUCACUCUGAGUAAAGCGUUCUUCACUCUGCGGAGAGCGUUCCUCACUCUGAGGACGGCGUUCCUCACUCUGAGGAAGCGUUCCUCACGCUGAGGACAGCGUUCCUCACUCUGAGGACAACGUUCCUCACUCUGAGGACAGCGUUCCUCACUCUGAGGACAGCGUUCCUCACUCUCAGGACAGCGUUCGUCACUUUGAGGACAGCGUUCGUCACUCUGAGGACAGCGUUCCUCACUCUGAGGACAGCGUUCCUCACUCUGAGGACAGCGUUCCUCACUCUGAGGACAGCGUUCCUCACUCUGAGGACAGCGUUCCUCACUUGAGGACAGCGUUCCUCAUUCUGAGGACAGCGUUCUUCACUCUGAGGACAGCGUUCCUCACUCUGAGGACAGCGUUCCUCACUCUGAGGACAGCGUUCCUCACUCUGAGGACAGCGUUCCUCACUAUGAGGACAGCGUUCCUCACUCUGAGGAGAGCGUUCCUCACUCUGAGUAAAGCGUUCCUCACUCUGAGGACAGCGUUCCUCACUAUGAGGACAGCGUUCCUCACUCGGAGGACAGCGUUCCUCACUCUGAGGACAGCGUUCCUCACUCUGA